UCAAAAAAGAUACUGGGGUUUUAAAUACUAAGUGUGAAAGUGUAUUGUACUUGGAUAAUAAUUAAGAAUGUAAAAAAGUUCCGAGAAAAUACUCUUAAUUAUCAAUUCAAAACUCAAUGAAAAAUCGUCAUAUGUAAAACUGAAGUAAAUACAAAUUCAACUUCAUAAUGGAGCAAUACGACAUGAUUAUUAACCAACCCGUUGUAAUUGACAACGGGUCGGGAGUUAUAAAAGCAGGUUUUGCUGGAGAUCAAGUGCCGAAAUGCCGAUUCCCGAAUUACAUUGGCAGACCCAAGCAUGUAAGAGUUAUGGCUGGAGCGCUGGAAGGCGAUUUAUUUGUCGGUCCAGUUGCUGAAGAGCAUCGAGGUCUUCUUUCAAUUCAGUAUCCUAUGGAGCAUGGCAUUGUAACAGAUUGGAAUGAUAUGGAAAGAAUAUGGUCAUACAUAUAUAGUAAAGAUCAAUUAGCAACUUUUAGUGAAGAACAUCCAGUUCUAUUAACUGAAGCACCCUUGAAUCCAUGGAAAAAUCGAGAAAAGUCUGCCGAGCUAUUUUUUGAAUCGUUUAAUGUUCCAGCACUUUUUGUAUCGGUUCAAGCAGUAUUGAGUUUAUAUGCCACUGGAAGAACCACUGGUGUCGUUUUAGAUUCUGGUGAUGGAGUGACUCACGCUGUACCUAUUUAUGAAGGUUUUGCAAUGCCUCAUAGCAUUAUAAGGAUUGACAUUGCAGGACGAGAUGUCACGAAAUAUUUAAAACUGUUGUUAAAAAAAGAGGGCGUCAAUUUGAACACAUCUGCCGAAUUUGAAAUCAUUCGUACAAUAAAAGAGAAGGCAUGCUAUUUAGCUAGUAAUCCUCAUAAAGAAGAAACUAUUGACACUGAAAAAUUUGUUUUUAACUUACCGGAUGGAAGUCAUGUUGAGAUCGGACCUGCAAGAUUUCGAGCACCUGAAGUUCUAUUUCGUCCAGAUUUGAUUGGCGAGGAAUUUGAAGGAUUGCACGAAGUUCUUAUCUACUCAAUUCAGAAAUCAGAUCUCGAUUUGAGAAAAAUUCUUUUCCAAAAUAUAGUUUUAUCAGGAGGUUCCACACUGUUUCGGGGAUUCGGCGAUAGACUUUUAUCAGAGAUUAGGAAAAUGGCACCUAAAGAUGUUAAAAUAAGGAUAUCUGCACCACAAGAGAGACUGUAUAGCACUUGGAUUGGAGGAUCAAUCUUAGCUUCAUUAGACACUUUCAAAAAAAUGUGGGUGAGCAAGCGUGAAUACGACGAAGAAGGAAGAAGAGCUAUACAUCGCAAAACAUUCUAAAACAAACUUUUUAUGUCAACUCAAACUUAAGUUAGUUAUUAUUUUAAUUAAUGCAUUUGUUACAUCCUGAUAUCGAAAAUAAACAUAUGAAAUUUAGAUUACUACCAGUUUUCGCAAAGGUAGACGGAUGAAAAUAAUUUCACGAAAAGUUUUGUAAUAAACUUACAAUUAAUUAAUCGGUCUGGUGCAUUGUCACAUACAACUCGCGCUUUGCACUUGCUGUUAUUGAGCUGAUAGGCGCUUGAAGAGAUGCUCACACAAUUGCGAAUUUACAGAUUAUUACGAACGAGUAUUUGUUUUAAAUUUUUUAUGUCCUAAUCGACUCACUGGGGAUUUUUCUGCGUUGGAUUAGGAGAUCUAAAUUGCAUCAAAGACGUGACACACAGGGUAAAAGUUAUUGUAUUUCUUAACCUUUAGACUCCAGAAAUAGUAAAUAAAUCUACCUUAUGAGAUUUACGG